GGAGUUGAUCUCACUCAUAAACGAAGUUGAUAAAUCGUAUUCCAAAUCUGUCCAUUUUUUUAUUCCUAAAUUAAUGGAGUCUCCUUCAUCCUCCCUUAUCGAAAAGAUUAAGGGGAAGUUAUUCUCCUCAAAUGUUGAUCCUUACACUUUUAUAUGUCCUUCAGCUUAUGAUACUGCAUGGUUAGCAAUGAUACCUGAUUCCCACAAUACCCAACCCAUGUUCAAAAAUUGCUUGGAAUGGCUUCUUAACAACCAAAAUCAAGAAGGGUUUUGGGGUGAGUGUGAUGCCUUUGGCAAACCUACAUUAGAAACGCUUCCAGCAACUCUGGUUUCAAUAGUAGCACUCAGAAAGUGGAACACCGGUGCAUUAAUGAUCGACAGAGGUUUGGUCUUCAUUAAAACAAAUAUUGAGAAGCUGCUAAAUGAUAUCGAUAACUAUUACCCACGUUGGUUUAGUAUUGUUUUUCCUGCCAUAGUUCAGCUUUCACAGAGUGCUGGUUUAGAAAUUGUGUUUUCUGAUGCACUGACCAGGACAGUGUCAAGUAUCUUUAGCCAUCAACAAAAUCUUCUCCACAAUGAGGAACUUGUGGGGAAGAAUUGCUUCCCACCACUGUUAUCAUAUCUUGAAUCUUUGCCAGCUUCAUAUAGAGUAAGUGAAGAAGAUAUAUGUAGCAAUCUGAGUAGUGAUGGUUCACUGUUCCAAUCACCAUCUGCUACUGCAAAAGCAUUCAUGGCUACUGGGAAGAUUGAGUGUCUGACCUAUUUACAGUCUCUGAUUCAAAGAUGCCCUAACGGAGUUCCACAAACAUAUCCCAUGGAUGAGGACCUUAUAAAGCUUUGCAUUGUAAACCAUUUACAAAGGCUAGGGUUGGCUGAGCACUUUGAUGAAGAGAUUGAAGAAAUUUUGGCCACAGUCUACAGGAACUAUGUGGAGCAAGAAUCAUGGGUGAAAUCCACCAAUAUGUUUGCAGCUCAACUUCACAAAGACUCUUUGGCAUUUCAGCUCCUAAGGAUGCAUGGAAAUAAUGUAUCACCAUCAUUGAGCUUUCGUUGGUUUCUAGAAGAUGAAGAAAUUAGAACACAUGUUGAAAAGGAGCCAGAACAUUUUUCAACUACAAUGCUUUUAAUGUACAGAGCCUCAAACCUGAUUUUCUGUGGGGAAAAUGAACUUGAGGAUGUCAAAUCUUUCGCGAGGGAUCUGCUUCAGAAAAGCUUGCUAACUAAAAAAAACCGUAAGGGGAGAUUCUCCCAAUUCCAACAAAUGGUUCAACGUGAAUUGAAUAUUCCAUUGCUGGCCCAAAUGGAUCAUUUGGACCAGAGGAUGUGGAUAGAAGAAAAUGAAGCCAAUAAUUUCCUAUGGAAAGGAAAGACCUCACAUAUUAGGAUUUCACACUUUUACAUCGUUGAUCUCUUAGAACUUGCCAUGCAAAAUUACGAGUUUAAGCAAUCAAUUUUCAGAAGAGAAUUAGAAGAAAUGUUGAGGUGGGCCCAAAGUUAUGGUCUAAGGAAUAUGGGAUUUGGAAGAGAGAAGACAACAUAUUGUUACUAUGCUAUAGCUGCUGCCACUACCUCUUUUCCUCAAGACAGUUACAUACGAACGCUUGUGGCAAAGAGUGCUACAAUGGUCAUAGUUGCGGAUGAUUUCUUUGACACAAAAGGGUCUCUCAGUGAGUUAAAAGAUUUCACCAAUGCAAUUAGAAGAUGGGAUUCUGAAGGCUUAAGUAGCCACGGAAAAGUCAUAUUUGAUGCUCUUGAUAAUCUCGUGGACGAAGCUGCUGAAAAAUAUCUCGAACAAGGGGGGAUUCAUGAUAUAAAGAAUAGUCUACAAGAUAUAUGGUAUGAAACUAUCCUUUCGUGGCUAAAGGAAGCAAUGUGGAGCAAAGAAGGAAAGGUACCAUCAUUGGAUGAGUACUUGAAGAAUGGAGAGAUCUCCAUUGCAGCACACACCAUUAUUCUUCCAGCUUCAUGGUUUCUAGAUCCUGACUUGUCAUACGAGAAUCUCAGGCCACCUCAAUAUGAAACCAUCACUAAACUACUAAUGCUUAUAUGUCGUCUAUUAAAUGAUAUACAGGGUUACAAGAGGGAAAUUGAAGAGGGAAAGUGGAAUUUUCUUGAGCUCAACUUGAGGAAGAACCCAAAUUUUGGGAUAGAGGAUUCAAUUGGUUUGGGGAGAGAGAUAAUUGAGAAAAAGACGAAAGAGUUCCUUCAACAUGUUAUAGUUGAAGGUGAAAGUGAUUUAGCCAAGCCAUGCAAGUUGCUGCAUCUGACAUGCUUGAAAAUUUUUCAGAUGCUCUACCACUCUUGUAAUGCGUUUGACUCUAAUACCCAACUGCUGGAGGAUAUUAAUAAAGCAUUUUAUCUUCCUCUAAGUGGAAGAAACAUUAAGUCCCUCUAAGAUUCUAUCUAUGCAUUUAAUAUCAACAAGAACGAUGCAAGAAUGCAGUAAGUACUCGGGCUUUAUCUAAAUCUCAAAGCUCGAUGUAUACAUAACAUGUUAAUUAGCUAUUGUAAUAAAAUCACACUUGACACUACUAUGUCAUUGGUGCUUUUUCCCCUAGUAUUAGGGGUAUUUUUUUUUAUUCAUAGUAUUAUUAGGGGUA